GAAACACUAAUUCAAGAUCCCUUGAAAAGAAAGGCAUGUCCAAUGUCCGAUCUUGUUGGAUCUGUAGUCACUGCGAAAGCUAACAAAUCAAAUUAAAAAUUAUAGAUUAUAUAAGUUAUAGAAUAAGUACUUUUAGAUUCUGCAUUUAUUUAUAUGCAAAAAAAAUGUCUACUACGGUAGAAUUGUGUGAUUCUUCUGAGGAUAAAGAUUCAGUAGAAAGUAGCCAACAUUUUAAAGAACGUGCAGAACGAAAUCGUCAAAAAGCAUUACUUUUAAAGAAAUCUAAAAUUGUAUCUCAUCCCUAUGCAAAAAGUGAAAAUGCAGGUUCAAUAAAGGGGAGACAAUUAAAAGUUCAAGGACAGCGUGUUAUAGACAGUGGUGGUGGUUUCCUCAUAGAGGAAGAUAACGAUUUAGAAGAACAAUUGUUACGAAUAACAACAGAGCCUGCUCCUAUCAUUAUUGAUUCACCUCAUUGUGACGAGUGUCAACAGGAAUUUAAAGAUUCUUAUCUCUUAAAAACAUUUGAUCUUGCUGUAUGUGAUAAAUGCAGAGAUCCAGAUGAAAAACAUUCUUUAAUCACAAAAACAGAAGCAAAACAAGAAUAUUUAUUAAAGGAUUGUGAUUUUGAUAAAAGAGAACCUCCAUUAAAAUUCAUUACCAGAAGAAAUCCUCAUAACUCAAACUGGGGUGAUAUGAAAUUGUAUUUACAACUACAGAUCGAGCAGAGGGCUUUGGAAGUAUGGGGUACUGAAGAAAAAUUAUUAGAAGAAAAAGAAUUACGCGAUAUUAAGAGAGAAGGGACCAAAAUUAAAAAAUUCAAUAAAAAGAUUAAACAGUUACGAAUGCAAGUCAGAAGUUCGAUAUAUGAUAAAACAACGAAAGCUUCCCAUACGCACGAAUUUGGGAAAGAUACAUAUAAUGAAGAUAAUGAUACAUAUACACACACUUGUGUUACUUGUGGUUAUGAAGAAACUUAUGAAAAAAUGUAGUUUAUAACUGUAAUGAAUAACUUAGGUAUUAAUUAGGCUGUGUUUCAACAUUGUAUGUCUUUUUCAUAUAUUGAUAGAAUCUUUUUUUCAAAAAUAUUAUCUACCGAAUUUAUACAAACACUGAAUGAAAAUCGGAAACUUUCAAUAUUCUCA